AUGGUGACCAGGCCCGGCGGCGAGGCUUUGGCAGACGACAGAGGAAGCGAAAUGGAGGUCCUAGAGGAGAAAGAAGAGGAGCAAAAGGAAGAAGAGCUGAAGGCUUUGGAGGUCAGCAGUGAGCUUCACAACAUGGACACAAAGCUGUCUGUGGAACAAGUCAGCUUUGCAAGUGAUGUACCUGAUUUUGACUGGAACAGCAUUGGCACGUCCCAGUUACCAGACUCAUACAAGGUGAAUUCCCCAAGGGAAAAGAAGCUGCUGCGCAUUGCUCACCAUUACCACCAGCAGUUUGCUCACCUCUGCCCUGAACGCAAGCCGCUCUUCCUGCACCCUGUCAACGAAUGUGGCGUGGAGAAGUUUGUGAGCACAACAGUGAGGCCAACCUUGCUGCCUUACACAGAGCUGUACCGCUGGGAUGGCUGUGCCAGCUUUGUCUCUGAUUAUCUCACUAUGGAGCCCCUCAAGUGCCCUCUCACACCGCCCUCCUCACUCUAUUCCCCAACUACCAUCCUGAAGUACCAGCGAGGGAACUGCUUUGACUUCAGUGUGCUGCUGUGCUCCAUGCUGAUUGGAGCUGGGUACGAUGCCUACUGUGUGAAUGGGUAUGCCACCCACGACAUAUGCAGCUUGGAUGAGACUCUGGAGGAAUGCCCACUGCUCAGGAAGCCACAGGAGGUCCCAAAAGAAGAAGUGAAGAAGUCUAACAAAUAUAGAGUUAAGUCCCCCCCAGACAUGUGCAGCAAAUUUGAGCUUCAGCAGGAGGCCAAGAAGAAAGCAGAAACAGAAGCUACUGAGAAAAAGGAAAGAGAAGAGAGGGGCAUGGAAGCAGAAGAGCUCACACGUGACCGUUUGUGUGGCUUACGGGUGCAUGCGUGGGUUUUGGUUCUGUCUGGCAAGAGAGAGGUUCCCGAAACUUUCUUCAUUGAUCCCUUCACGGGGAACAGCCAUAGCACCAUGGAUGAGCAGUUCCUUGGGAUUGAGAGUGUCUGGAACCACAAGAACUACUGGGUGAACAUGCAGGACUGCCGGAACGGCUGCAAGGAUCUUGUCUUUGAUUUGAGUGAUGCUGUCCACUGGGAAAUCAUGCUUUCAGAGACUGACAAGCCUCUUCAGCUGCUCCUGGGUGCUGAGAAGGAAAAUGAGCUGUUUGAUAGGAACAUGGAUGACAUGGAGGAGGAAGAAGAGGAGGAGGAGGAGGAGAUAAGUUUUGCCAUGCCACCGUCAUGGGUAGCUCCAAUUCAGAUAUCUCCCAAAGAGUUUGAGACUCGCUGUUCCCAGGGGAGGAAGGUGAUCCUCUACAAGAAGGCAAAGCUGGAGAAAUGGCCACCAUACUCCAAUGGAAAUGGGCUGGUGAAACGGCUCACCGUCUACGCAGACUCAAACUAUACCAAAGCAGUAGAAGUGAAAGAGUGGUUCAAAAACCGUGAAGACAUGUUGGAUGUGAGAGAAGUGAAUAAACAAACACAGUUGACCACAGAGUACUUCAGCCCAGGACACCUCUUCGGUCUCAAAGUACACACCUAUAAGUCAAUGAGCCCACAGACUGAACGUGUGAUGGAGUUCUACACUGAGACACGAGUCGAUGGCCUCCAGAAACUUGCUGAAAAUGACAACGAGAUGAAAGAGUACUUUGUGGGGCGAGAUGACUUCAAGUACUUCCAGCACACAGAGUUUCGCUCUAAAAGAAAGAAAGUAACUUUGGUUGGCACCAGAACUGAUGUUAACUCCCGGCCUAUAGUGCAAAUCAAGGAGUGUUUCCACAGAAACCUACAAAAGCCUGCUGAUGAAGAUGUGGCAGAACGUGUCUUCCUGAUGGAAGAGGAGAUGAUCCAACUGACAUACCACCUGAAGGAUAAGUACAUCACAGCCUCAAAGAAGGACUUCUUCAAACCAGAGGAGAGCUAUAGGAAGCAAAGUGAAAUCAUGACCCCAGAAAUGUGCAUCACAUACCAGGCAGGGUCCUCUGAGCAGCACACAAAGCUGGUUCACCUGUACAAACUGUUGCGAGAGCUAACAGAGGAAGAGAAGCAGCUGAAGCAACAAGUGUGGAGAACUCAAGCAGAGGUGCUAACAAUUCUGGAGACCCGCAAGAAUGAAGAAGCAGACAUUAAACUGUCAGCUUCAAUAUAUGACACAGAGAGAAAUGCAAGGAAAAGACAAGAGUACGAAGCCAUGGUGAAGGCAAAGAAGGAUGAGUUCCCAGGACAAAAGGAGCAGGAUCUGGAUUACCUGGCACCUUUUCUUAUCCAAAUUGGCAGCCCAGAGAAAAUAACCAGAAAGCAGGCCCUCCGCCUCCGGGACGACUGCCUGAGUGAUUUUAAGAAUCGUCUGGUUUCUAAGGCCAACAUCAUCCAAGCCCAUUUUGAAAAGGAGGUAGAAGAGCUGCAGAAGAGGAACCAGCAGUUUCAGGAAAAUCAGAAUCAGCUCAGCGAGAAGGAGGAGGCUGACUUCCUUGCUGAUUACUCUGAAACCAUGUUCCGUAUCCACAUUCUGGCACUAAGACUCAACAGGGAAAAGCAGACAGCACCACAGAAGUACCUUGCUCUUGAGGAGAAACUGUGCAAAGACCCUCGCCUAGCAGAGCACCUCAGUCAUGCCUGAUGGCUUCUUUUUUCCUUCAGAUCAGACACGGGAAAUUAGUGCUGAAGUCUGUUAAAAGCAGCCUUAAAAACGGUGGAAAGGCUUUGCUACUUGCCUGCAAGAAAUCUUGCAUUCUCAUCAGGUUCUGCUAGAAG